AUGGCGACUGACGACUCAUUCAAGCUCUAUGACCUCCGGGUCGAAGUCUCGUGCCCUGCAGGCAAGAGAAUCAUGUGUGGGGCCCGCGAGGGAGACUACUUCACCCUCCAGGGCGAGAUGCUCCAUUUGCCGCCUGGCCAGGGCAUCAGCAUCUACAGCCUGGCGUCCGUGCUGCCUCUCCUCCCAGCCAAGCAACGUGUCACUGACGCCAAUGACUGGAUGACGACGGAUGCUCUGAUUGCUUGUCCGGAUCCGAACUGUCCGUCCCAGCUCAGGAUUGUCCGGGAAGGUGUCCGUGUCUUCAAGCACUCUGAGACCACCGUGUUGCCCUUGAACACUCCAUCGACACCAUCUGGUGCGUAA